AUGUUAUCUUUCAGGAAUGGUCUUAUUGGAAUAGCAGCGAAAACAGAGCCAUCGUCUGGAGCAAUCGUCUCAUCGGCCGCAGCAGCAGCAGCAGUUAUCAGUGCAUCACCAUCACGAUCCAGUGCCAGUGUUAUUCCUGCAGCAGCAGCAACAGGCCGUACAAAUACAGUUGUAACAUCGGGUGACUCAGCCGGUAUUGUAAGUGCAGCUGCCGGCGCUCUUCCGGGAUCCUGGAACGGACAACAGCAGCAGCAGCUCUCAAGAGGAGCAACAAACGGAGCCGGUGACACGCGUGAUCCUUCUUCAUGCACUUCCGUUGAAACAACACAUCCAGUGGAUCCGGGACACGAUGCACCGUCAACAUCGGUGGUUGCAAGUCAACAACAACCGGGUGUCUCAGUUGCACCAUCGAUAAGCAUACCAAUUUUAUCAUCCGGUAGCUGCGCCUCCUCGGCUUCUGCUGCUGCUGCAGCCUCUGGUUCCGGGUUAGGUGCAGCAGGUGCACCACCAAUGCUAUCAGUUGCCACCAGUGGACUCACUGCAGGUCGCAGCAAUGAGUUAUUACCUUCCUCGGCCGCCGCCGCUGCUACCAGUUCGAUGGAUAAUCGUGGUGUACAAGCAACCGGAACGGUGGCCGGCGUACCAUCAGCACCAUCGCAACAGCAAGCAGCCGCUGCACUUCUGGAUCCAUUCCGACAAGCAUUCUUCGGUACCGCUGGCAAUCUGGCUGCCCUGAAUGCAGCAGCAGCAGCUGCUGCUGCAGCCGCCGCUGCUGCAAACGGUUCAUCAGUUGGUGCUACUGCUGCUGCUAAUGCUACCGAUUUUGGAAAUCUAUUUUUUCCGGGUGCACCACCGAAUGCUGCAGCUGCAGCUGCAUUCCCAUUCCUUGCUGCACAGAUACUGCAACAGCAGCAACAAGCACAGCAG